GCGGGCUGGUCAUAUGAUGCGCUGCUGGAGCUUUUCGCCGGAGGACCGUCCGGAUCGCCGCCUCUGCUUUCCUCGUUUUUCUUUACAAGUUCCCGACAUAAACCCGCCGUGCCGAAGUUCUACAUGCCUUUCGGAUAGAACCGAGAGGAAGAGAGGCGCUUUGUUUUGGACGCUCGCCGAGCUGGCACAAUCAUGGCAGCGUUGUUGGAGCAGUAUCGCAAGAGAAUACAGACUGAGCUGGACAGAGUUGUGGAUUUCUGGAUGAAAUAUUCUCACGAUGAGCAAUAUGGUGGGUUUUUCACCUGCAUUGGAAAAGAUGGGAAGAUCUAUGAUGAGCUUAAAUACGUGUGGUUACAGGGCAGACAGGUGUGGAUGUACUGCCGGCUGUACCGCACAGUUGAAAGGUUUCACCGGCCUGAGGUUCUUGAAGCUGCCAAAUCAGGUGGUGCUUUCCUUCAGCGAUUUGCUCGAGUGCAGUCAUCAGAUGGUCCAGGGAAGUGUGCGUUCUGUCUGACGAGGGAUGGCCGUGCUGUGAAGGUUCAGAGGACCAUAUUCAGCGAGUGUUUCUACGUCAUGGCCAUGGAUGAGCUGGCCAGAGUCACAGGAAACGAAGCGAUGCAGGCUGAUGCAGAAAGUAUGAUGGAUCAGCUGGUGCAUUGGGUCCGGGUCGACUCGUCUGGUCUGGGUCGGCCUCAGAUGCCUGGUGAUCCACCUGUCAACAGCAUGGCUGUUCCUAUGAUGCUCCUAUGUCUUGUCGAUCAGCUGACAGAGGGCAGGGAGAAGCAGGCACAGAAAUACAGAGAGCUGGGUGACUGGUGCGUCAAACAGAUACUGCAGCAUGUACAGAGAAAUGAUAAGGCCAUUCUUGAAAAUGUCUCAAUGGAUGGAAAAGAGAUACCUGGUUGCCAGGGACGUCUCCAGAACCCAGGUCAUGCCCUGGAGGCUGGAUGGUUCCUCCUGAAGUAUGCAAAGGCACAAGAUGAUACAAAGCUGCAGACAUUAGCGGUGGAGAUGUUCAUGGACGUCCCCUUCCACACUGGCUGGGACAAGCAACAUGGAGGACUCUUCUACUUCCUAGAUGCAGAUGGACACUGUCCCACUCAGUUGGAGUGGAAUAUGAAGCUCUGGUGGCCACACUGUGAGGCUCUUAUCUCAUAUCUGAUGGCCUACAGUUACUUAAAAGAACCUGCACUGCUGGACAGGUUCAAACAGGUCUAUGACUACACCUUCAGCCACUUUCCUGAUGAAGAGCAUGGAGAAUGGUUUGGUUAUUUGAGUCGUCAGGGUGAAGUAGUGUUGGACUUCAAAGGGGGACCUUUCAAAGGGUUCUUCCACGUUCCUCGAUGCCUCUACAUGUGUGAGAAGAUGCUGGAUCAUCUGCUUGCGACGAGCAAGUCUUGAAUAUGUCUGUCUGCUGGAUGGCGUUGUGGUGCUAUGCGUCUUAAUUUCCUCACAAACACAAGCACCACUGUAUAAUUCCUGCCACAGCAUGUAUGUGUUUACUCUCAUAAUUGAUAUUGAGCCAUUGAUUAUAUUUCUAAGUGCCGUUUCACACGUGUGUAUUUUCAUGUUGUGUAUAAAUGGGAAAAGGGAUCAGUUUUUAAUACAAUGCCUUUAUAAUUAAUUAGUGGCCAAUACACAAACAAUUAAUUCCAGGUUCGCACUAAGUUUACAUAGUAUAUACAUGGUUAAAAGGGACUGCAGUGAAGGAGAAAAUAGAGUCUUAAGCCCUAUUCAGAACUGUGAAUGUCACACUUGUAACGUUGAUAGUAAACAGUGGUAUAUCUGGGGGAAAGUUUUCUUUGAGUACUGUUUGGCCUGUAUUUACCUUCUGUGCUGUUUAUAUAUUUUAGGCCAAAAUCUUCUCAAAACUACCAUAAAACAAUAUCUUGGGCAUCAGGCAGCACAUUGGUAAUGAUUUCAUGUAGUAGCCUUCUGUGAGAGCUUUUUGAAGCAUUAAACAUUUCUAACAUUGGGUUCCAGUCACCAGUGCUGAAUCAAGCAUUUUUAUCCGUAUGAUUGUCCAAUGUAGAAGUCUUGAAAGAUCAAUGCAGUAAUGCAUAAUCAAAAACACUUAAUCCAUAACAACAAAACUUAGGCUUACAUUGUGUGACACUUUGAUCAGCCUAGUUGAUGUCAGUGCAGUCUUUUGCCUGUGUUUAUUACUGUUCCUUAAAAGGCAAAUGUAAUGGAUUACUUAUAACAGCAAUGAUGGGCUACUUUCACAGCACCAGGCUGAAGCGGGACAAAUUGGAAUUUUUUAGAGCUCUGUGGACACACACAUCUGAUCUUUUCAAAUCAGAUCCACCUCGGAUGUGUGCUUAGGUCAGAUGCACAUCCGAUUCGUGGCCUGGCAGCGCUAAUGGAGACUUACAUAGAUUUUUCUGUGGAUUCAGUGGUUGAGAUGUAGACAAAAUCGUUCAGAGUGGUUAGAUGUGAAGCGUUUUAUUUGCAGAGAAACUUGCCGACUCAGGUUUCUUUACAGUGGAGGUGAUGGGAACCAGUAGUCCUGAUGUCUACAUUGCAAAUAGCUAUUAUAGCUAUUAUUUACUAUCCAAAGCCACUAGUGAAUGUCUUUUGAGCUUUUUUUAAAUGAAACAGUGAUGAUGAUAAAAUAACAAUGAGUCAAAAAGCAUUGUGGACUAUUUUGCGUUAGAACGCCCUUCAUGCUUUAGACCAAAACUUUAUCAAAUGCAAAGUCUCCGACAUCAGGCAGUGUAUGCACAUUUCAUGUAAUAACUUUCUAGGAGAGCUUUUAGUGCCCUCUGACGUCAGGUUCCUAUCACCACCACUGUGAACAUACCUGACUCUGCAAGUUUCUUUAGAACAAAGCAUCUUACUGCUACCAGACUACUCCUGAAGGAUUUUUUUGUAAUUUUGAAAAGAUUUUGAAAAAAGUUGGAGUUCCCGUGAUGAGAAACGGCCAAAUCAAGAGUUAGUUUUUGCAACUGCGUGUGCACCAUUACAGCAUUACUACACUACAUUUGAAUGUCAUUCUAUGCUCAGCCAGGCUGUCCUCAUUAAAUUUUGAUAGUUCCUUAAAGGCCUAAACUAUUUGCUCUGCUAAUUAUUUUAAAACUGUUUAGAAUGAGUAAUGUUAAUUCAAAUUAAGUUUGCUAAAUGCGCUCUGUUGAAAUUUGCACCAAGAUGAAUUUAAAUGUGAAUUAAAGUGAAUUUCUAAGUACAAA